ACUUUAUCCGAUCCUUCUUCACAUCUGCAGCCAAGCUGAGUCCCGAAGCCAGAAUGGCCAAAGUCAAGGAAGUCCAGAGAAUCAUUGACCAGAACAGCGUUGUGAUCUUCUCCAAGACCUGGUGCCCCUACUCCAGUGCUGCCAAGCAGACCCUGAACCGCCUCAAGGUCCAGUACGAAGUCGUCGAGCUUGACAACCGACACGACGGCGACGACCUCCAGGACGCCCUCCUCGAAAUCAGCGGCCAGCGCUCCGUCCCCAACAUCUUCUUCGGCAAGCAGCACGUCGGCGGAAACUCUGACCUGCAGGAGCUCGCCAGGAGCGGCGUGCUCAAGGGCCGACUCGAGGAGGCCGGCGCAUUUGCGUAAGCGCUCCGGCAAGUUUCUUUAUGGCGAUGCGAACUUCCUAUAAAAAGAGGCAAGAAGAUGAGGCGAAAAUAAAAACAAGAACGACUUUGGCUGAUGGGCUGUUUGCGCUUGCUUUUUGGGGGAUGAAUAGAAAGGACGGCAGGAGUUAUAAUAGACGCGCGGGCCCUGCGGCAUGAAGAUGCGCAUGACCAUGGUUUGGCGCGACGGUUCCGCGAUGUUUUCUAGACUAGAAUAGAGCUGCCAAUUGUUACCAUUUUCAAG